AUGACCACUUUAACGACUUUGCCUCAGGUCAUCAUUUGCCGGCCAGGAAUCCCCAUGGUCGAGCACCCGGCGAAUGGGCCCUCCGACGUACCGUACGAUGUGGUGCGGAAGAAGCAUCUCUUUACGCCCCACGAGCUCCAAAAGUUCAUUGAACAAGAAGAGUCUGACAAAUUCGGCGGCGACUGGGAAAAGGUCCCGACUCCACGCACCAUGGCGCUCACGCAGAGGGAUUUCAAAGAGAAGGAUGGACUCCCUCCCAGCGGGUGGCCGCAAGAGAGUCCCGGAAACCAUCAACUUCCAACGGUCCAGGAACUUUGGCGGGUGGACCCGAGGAUGAUUUCGAACAACAAGUAA